AAUAUUACUUUACUACUACUAUGAUGUUUUGUCCGCAUUUAGAUCGUUAAUGUCGGUCCGUUUCUUUAAUCAUUUUAGUUGUUAUGUUGCUUUUUUGGUUCUCGUUUGCUUUCGGGGAAUAAUCGGUAUUAAAUUCGCUUCGAGCCGAGCUUAAAACAGUUUGAAGCAUGAUGAGAUUAGGUCUUCUUGCGCUGAAUUUGGAGCUCUGAAGUGAGACCAAAUAAGGUCGGUGCCCUUCAAACUUCUUGUUCCAACUCUUUUCAGUGAAGCAUGCGGGUUUUGACGCCAUUUUGCUACAAAAAGGAUUGAUUGGAGCAAGUUGUGAAGGGUUAUGAGCUUCACAUCAACCCAACUAGUCACCUCAAGCAGGAUGGGCAUAUAUGAUCCAUUCCAACAAAUUAGCAUGUGGGAAGACACCUUCAAAGGUGAUAGUAGCCCAAAUAAAGGUGUUUCCACAAUUCUACAGGUGGAUGCUAGGCUGGACAACAAGUCUGAAUUUAUUUCUCAUGAAUCGGGGGGACCCUCCAGUACAGAUCAAGAAGAAAACAAGCCUGCUGACAAGGUACAGAGACGCCUUGCGCAAAAUCGUGAAGCUGCUCGUAAAAGUCGGUUACGGAAAAAGGCUUAUGUUCAACAGUUAGAAACAAGCCGUUUGAAGCUGGCACAGCUGGAGCAGGAACUUCAUAGAACUAGGAAGCAGGGUGUGUACACUGGCAGUGCCCUAGAUACUAGUCAUGGAGGUUUUUCUGCAAAUGUUAACUCAGGCAUUGUUGCAUUUGAGAUGGAAUAUGCACACUGGGUUGAAGAGCAACGCAAACGAAAUUUUGAACUUAGAAAUGCAUUGCAAGCUCAUGUAUCUGAAAUAGAACUUAAUAUACUUGUAGAAAAUGGCUUGAACCAUUAUUACAAUCUUUUUCGCAUGAAAGCAGAUGCUGCAAAGGCCGAUGUCUUUUAUUUACUGUCCGGGGUGUGGAAAACAUCUACAGAACGUUUCUUCCUCUGGAUUGGAGGAUUUCGCCCGUCAGAGCUUCUAAAUAUCCUCUUGCCACAACUUGAGCCAUUGACUGAUCAACAAGUUGUGGGAGUACGUGACCUCCAGCGGUCAUCUCAGCAAGCGGAAGAUGCCCUUUCACAAGGAAUGGAUAAACUCCAGCAGAGUCUGUCCCAGGGCAUAGGAGCUCAAUCAAUAAAUGCAGGAAAUUAUGGGUCUCAGAUGGCUGCCGCAAUGCUUAAGUUGGAAGAUCUUGAGGGAUUUGUGAACCAGGCAGACCACCUUCGGCAACAAACUAUGCAGCAAAUGUCUCGCAUCCUAACAACCAACCAAGUAGCUCGUGGCUUGCUCGCCUUGGGGGAGUAUUUCCACCGUCUCCGUGCUCUCAGUUCGCUUUGGGCUGCUCGUCCUCGUGAACCUGCCUAGCCUAGAAAGUACCUCUAGAAUCACCAUAUAUAUAUAUAUAGAGAGAGAGAGAGGUUGUAGUCCCUUCACGCCUCAGCUGCAAAGGGAAUGAAUACCGUACCUUUUGUUUGAAAACAGUUUCUCUAGUUUGAUAAGGUGUAAAUAUGCAUAUAUAUAUAUAUCUCAAGGUUAUGUUUAUCAAGAAAUUUAGGAAAUGUGAUAUUCCAUACAAUGCCUGUUGUAGACUAUAUUAUCUGCAUUGUGAUAAUAUAUGAACUUGAAUGUUGGUGCUUCUUGGGCAACAUGUUGGCUUUAGAUGAUUGCUGCACCAUUAAGGCACAUUGAAUGCAAACUCCCCUUGUUUUACA